AUGCAGUUGGAUUUUUCUUUAGGCCGCCAGCUCACAAAUAACAGCAUGAAGACUCAUAUUAAUUCUGAAGCAUUGAAUGAAGAAGUCGCUCAUUUUGAAAAGCGAAAGAUAUUCAUUUUGCUGUCGACGGUGAUGACAUGGGCGAGAUCCAAACCUCUGGACCCUGACGACACUGAGGUUCCCUUCACAGAAGAGGAUUACCGGAGAAGAAAGCAUCACCCUAACUUCCUGGACCACAUCAAUGCUGAAAAGAUGGUUCUCAAAUUUGGAAAGACUGGCAAAAAGUUUGCUACUUACGUAGUUGCUUCAGGACUUCAGUAUGGAGUGGAAGGAGGGAUCCUACACGCCUUUUUUAAGAUGGCUUGGCUGGGCGAGAUUCCUGCACUCCCUGUUUUUGGAGAUGGAUCCAAUGUCAUUCCAGCCAUUCAUAUUCUUGAUCUAGCAGGAGUGAUACAGAACGUCAUAGACCACAUGCCGAAGCUUCGCUACCUGGUGGCUGUGGACGAGUCUGUUCACACCCUGGAAGACAUUGUCAAGUGCAUCAGCAAAAAUACUGGCCCUGGAAAAAUCCAGAAAGUACCCAGAGAAAAUGCUUUUCUAACCAAGGACUUGACACAACAGCAUCUCGACCACUUACUGGUCAACCUGAGGAUGGAGGCACUGUUUGUGAAGGAGAAUUUCAACAUCCGCUGGGUUGCCCAAUCAGGAUUUGUGGAGAACAUCAGCAGCAUCCUCAAAGAGUACAAGCAAAGCCAAGGAUUAUUGCCAAUCAAGAUCUGCAUCCUUGGUCCUCCUGCUGUGGGAAAAUCCAGCAUUGCCGAAGAAUUAGCCAAGUACUACAAACUACAUCACAUCAAAAUAAAGGAUGUGAUUUCCGAAGCCAUAGCCAAACUGGAGGCGAUUGUUGCACCCAAGGAGGCAGUGGAAGGAGAAGAGGAAGGUGAAGAGGAGGAAGAAGAAGAGAAUGUGGAGGAUGCCCAGGAGCUCUUGGAUGGCAUCAAGGACAGCAUGGAGCAGAACGCAGGUCGGCUAGAAGAUCAAUAUAUAAUUCGAUUUAUGAAGGAAAAGCUUAAAUCUAUGCCUUGUAAGAACCAAGGUUACAUUUUGGAUGGCUUCCCAAAGACCUAUGAUCAAGCAAAAGACCUGUUCAACCAGGAAGAUGAAGAGGAAGAGGAAGAAAUCAGAGGCAAAAUGUUUCCCUUUGAUAGAUUAACUACACCUGAGUUUGUGUGUGGUCUGGAUGCCUCUGACGACUUUCUGAAGGAGCGGGUCAUGAACCUCCCAGAGAGCAUCGUGGCGGGAACUCACUACAGCCAGGACCGAUUCCUCCGGUCUCUGAGCAACUACCGGGACAUCAACACCGAUGAUGAGACGGUCUUCAACUACUUCGAUGAAAUUGAAAUCCACCCAAUACACAUUGAUGUAGGAAAACUCGAAGAUGCCCAGAACAGACUUGCUAUCAAACAGCUCAUCAAAGAGAUCGGGGAGCCUCGGAAUUAUGGCUUAACAGACGAAGAAAAGGCGGAAGUAGAGAAAAAGGCUGCGGAGGAACGCUUGGCCAAGGAGGCUGCUGAGACAGCAGAGCGUGAACACAAAGAAGCCGUAGAGAUGGCAGAGAGGAUAGCCCGCUGGGAGGAGUGGAGUAAACGGCUAGAGGAAGUAAAAAGAGAGGAGAGGGAGCUGCUGGAGGCUCAGUCCAUCCCCCUGAGAAACUACCUGAUGACUUACGUGAUGCCCACGCUGAUGCAGGGGCUCAAUGAGUGUUGCAAGGUGAGACCUGAAGACCCCGUGGACUUUCUGGCAGAAUAUCUCUUCAGGAACAAUCCUGAAAUGCAGUAAAGAUUCAUCAAUGGUGGAUCGUGGAGCUUUACAGGGAGAGCUCAAGUAAAAUUUGCAAUUUGAAAAACUGCUUUUGAAAAUGCUUUUCUAGGGUUUUUUGGG